GCUAUAGACUACUUGUCUGCAACAUUGUGGUCGCUCUAACCCACGGUCGACGGUCACUCACACUUCCCAAACCAGAAACCACAAGAGCAGCCGUGGGGUAAUGCGUGCAGCGCUUGCGUGGAUUUGGAGAUCCCCGCCCGUGCCUUUCCGCCGCCUACAGUUGCCACCAAGCUCCAGAUCCGACCGCCUCGAUCGGGACUCGAGCGUCAGUCACCGCACAGCGAUCAACCGGCCGCCGCGGGUGACCAACCCACCCGCCCUUCCCCCCGCCAGAUCCCCAGAUCCCCCUUCCCACCCAGCCAUGGCCGCGCCCCGCUCCGGCCUCCGCCCGCACUGCCACUGCUAGCGCGCGCCAUGGCCGCCUCCUCCUCCUCCUCCUCCUCCUGCCGGAGCCCGCUCGUCUGGCUCUUCGCGCUCGCCGCCGCGCUCUUCUUCUUCUCCUGGUACCUCCUCCUCGACUCCGCCGCGGGCCCAGCCGCCGCCCGCCGCCCCAACCAGUGGCUCCGCCUCGGCGGCGCCGGGCCCGGUAGGAAAUGCGACCCCGCCGAGGCGCUGCUGCGAGUGUUCAUGUACGACCUGCCCCCCGAGUUCCACUUCGGCCUGCUCGACUGGAAGCCCCCCGGGUUCGGCGGCGGCGUGUGGCCCGACGUCAGGGACGGCGUGCCGGAAUACCCGGGGGGGCUCAACCUACAGCACAGCAUCGAGUACUGGCUCACCCUCGACCUCCUGGCCUCCGAGCAGGGCGCGCCCACGCCCUGCGCGGCGGUGCGGGUGCGCCGCGCGGCGGACGCCGACGUCGUCUUCGUGCCCUUCUUCGCCUCGCUCAGCUUCAACCGCCACUCCCGGGUCGUGCCGCCCGCGCGGGACAGCGAGGACCGCGCCCUGCAGCGGAGGCUCCUCGAGUUCCUCGCCGCGCGGCCCGAGUGGCGGAGGACCGGAGGGCGGGACCACGUCGUGCUCGCGCACCACCCCAACGGGAUGCUCGACGCGCGCUACAGGUUCUGGCCCUGCGUCUUCGUGCUCUGUGACUUCGGGAGGUACCCGCCCAGCGUCGCCAACCUUGACAAGGACGUCAUCGCGCCCUACCGGCACCUCGUCGCCAAUUUCGCUAAUGACACCGCCGGAUACGAUGACCGGCCGACGCUGCUCUACUUCCAAGGUGCCAUCUACAGGAAAGAUGGUGGUUCCAUCCGGCAGGAACUGUAUUACCUUCUGAAAGACGAGAAAGAUGUGCAUUUCUCAUUUGGAAGUGUAGCUGGUAAUGGGAUCGAGCAAUCAACACAUGGGAUGCGGUCAUCCAAGUUCUGCCUCAACAUUGCAGGUGACACUCCAUCGUCCAACCGCCUCUUCGACUCCAUAGUCAGUCACUGUGUUCCUGUCAUCAUCAGCGAUGAGAUUGAGCUCCCGUUUGAGGAUGUCCUUGACUACUCAAAGUUCAGUGUCAUAGUACGUGGCGCAGACGCGGUCAAGAAGGGGUUUCUAAUGAGCCUGAUCACAGGGAUCAGCCAAGAAGAGUGGGCACACAUGUGGAACAAGCUAAAGGAAGUAGAAAAGCACUUUGUGUACCAAUACCCAUCUCAGACUGAUGAUGCCGUGCAGAUGAUAUGGAAGGCUAUUGCUCGGAAGGUGCCCUCUAUCCGGCUGAAGAUUAACAGACUACAAAGAUUUUCUCGGUUUGAUACUAACAGGACAGAUGAGACUCUACCCCAGUCUUCUUCUUGGCUACAGAAUCAGGCUCCUUGAUUUUGGACUACCAAGCUCAGGCUUUUGCCAUGUUUGCAAUCCUGUUGAAACAAGAGUUGAUACUGAAGACCAAACCUUAAUCGCAUGACUGGGGGCAGAUGUUAUGUUACAGCUGCAGACAUUAACGGAGAGUAAAGUUGAAACACUUUAGCAUAACAGAAUUACAUAUCCAAUGCCAUAUCUUUUUUCUUCAAUUCUUUUUUCUUUUACUUACUAUUCAUCCAAAAUGUCCUCGGCUGCAGACUAAGGACAAUGAAUUUUGUACGAGAAGCUGUAUAUUCUAGGCGGCGAUAUAAUUACUGAUCAGUUACAGGUGCUGAGCACUUUCGGCCAACGUCCACUGAAGUCUAAUGGGAAGGUUCUGCAGUGCUUGGCUGAUAAGUCAUGGCUGAAAGUACUAUUCGCUGAUUUGUUUUGUGAGAAAAACACCGCUGAAUGCUGUGUGUGGUAGGUUAUUAGCUGCAGGAUUGAGAUCGGUAUGUGGCAUUCGGAUAGUCAUAUACUCAUAUGCCACCGAAAGCAUAGAAAGACUGUGAACGGGCGUACCAGAUAGGGAAAGCUUGAUAAUAGCCUUUUCCACUUGUUUUACGGUUUCACAUACUCAGUAUGUUCAAUUGUGUCUUCCACUUGUUUUUAUAGUUUCACA